ACAUGCGAUUCUGGGUGCUCCAAAUCAUCUUUGUGGCCACGCCAAAUCUGGUCUACUUCUGCUACGUUCUGCACGUCAUCCAUAAGGAAAACAAACUGAGGCUGCAUUUACAAAACCAGGCAGAGAAACGUGGCGUAAAACUGCCCAAAUACACUGAUGACAACGGGAAGAUUUAUUACAAAGGGAGCCUGCUUGGUUGCUAUAUGUUGAGUAUCAUUGUGACCAUUUUGUUUGAAGCCGGGUUCAUUGUGGCCCAGUACUAUUUAAUCGGCCUUUGGAUGCCCACACAGCUAGAAUGUAAGGUAGAUCCUUGCCCUGCAGUCGGUCUGCAUUGUUUUACAUCCCGCCCAACUGAAAAGACCAUCUUCAUUGUCUUCAUGCUCAUUGUGGCAUGUGUGUCUUUAGCUUUAAAUCUAGGAGAGAUAUUCUAUCUGAUGGGUCGUAGAGGUGAACACAAGAGGAGGACGCCUGCAGUAGCUGAGAUGCAGAAAUUAACCCCCACUGAGACAUUUUGCUGAAUGAAACUGUCUGAAAUGACAGCAUAUUUCCCUUAAAGCUUACUGUAUCUACUAACUUUGUAAUG